AUGGAAGGGGGGUGGACUUCUAGGAGGGGAAUUGUCUUGUGCUUCAUUUUCAGCCUCCUGCUUCAAGGAAGAGGUGACACUUUCACCAUCAUUUGCUCAGGACUCAACCAGCAUGGGGUGGAUCCUGCUGCCUUUCAAGCAGUGUUUGACAGAAAGGCCUUCUGUCCAGUCACCAAUUUCAGCAUCCCCACUCAUAUCAACAUCUCCUUCAUCCUGUCUGCCAUCCUUGAAGUGGAUGCACAGCUCCAGCUUCUGACAUCAUUCCUGUGGAUUACUAUGAUGUGGGACAAUCCUUUCAUCAUCUGGAACCCAGAAGAGUACAUCAGCAACAAUAAACUCACUGUAUCAGCUACGAACCUGUGGUUCCCAGACAUCAUCAUCAUGGAAUUCGUGGAUGUGGAUCAGGGACCUCCAGGUCUCACUGCCUAUGUCAGCAGCGAAGGUCGAAUACAGUACGACAGGCCAAUGAAGGUGACCAGAACCUGUAAUCUGGACAUCUUCUACUUUCCUUUUGACCAACAGAACUGCACAUUCCCCUUCAGUUCCCUCCUCUACACAGUGGACAGCAUGCUCCUGGGCAUGGAUAAGGAAUUGUGGGUGAUAACAGACACGUCUCGUAAUGUCAUUCUGACCCAGGGGGAGUGGUAGCUCCUGAACACCGACAAGGCCACCCCAAAGACGUUGGUGGACAGCAACCUAUAUGACCAGAUCAUGUUCUUUGUGACCAUCAGGCGCAGGCCCAGCCUCUACGUCAUAAGCCUCCUGGUGCCCAGUAGCUUUCUGAUAGCCACUGACGCCCUCAGCUUCUACCUGACGGCAGGAAGUGAGAACCGCGCCCCAUUCAAGAUGACACUCCUGCUGGGCUACAACGUCUUCCUGCUCAUGACGCUGAAUGACUUACUCCCUGCCAGUGGCACUCCGCUCAUCAGUGUCUGCUUUGCCCUGUGUCUGUCACUGAUGGUGGUCCGCCUGCUGGAGACCAUCUUCAUCACCUACCUGCUGCAUCUGGCCACCACCCAGCCCCCACCCAGGCCUCGCUGCCUCCAUUCCCUGCUUCUACACUGCACCAGCCCAAGGAAACGCUGCCCCGCUGUGCCCCAAGGGAACACGGGCCUGGGCCUCAGUCUUGCCCACCUCCCUGGUGUGAAGGAGCCCGUGGAGCUGGUGGGGAAGGUGCCAGGUCCCAGAGAGGCAGAGCUAAAUGGGUGCCCUGGGUCAGCGAGGGCCCAGCAGGAAGACGAGGCUCAGAAGCAGCACUUGGUCGGCCUGUGGAUGCAGUUCAGCCACAUGAUGGACACCCUGCCUUUCCGCCUCUCCCUGCUCUUCCUGGCCUCCAUUGUCACGGUCAUCGUCCUCUGGAUCACCUAG